GAUGGAGGGAGCAGAGAGAUACUCAGCCGGUGUGUGUUAGUCCCCUCAGACCGAAGCAGGAUUUUAAUACGACUGAUGGAUUACUUUGUCCGGAUUCCUCCUCUUUUUACUCGUUUAUCUUCCUCUUCUUCUUCGUCUUCGUCGUCUCUCUUUUAUUUUAUUUGCGUUUUAUUUUGCCGUCUGUAAAUCCAUCGCGAUGCGGCAGGAGGAGAACGAGGAGAACGAGGAGAAAUGGUCUUUUAGCUGCAGCAGAUUUCACUUCCCCGUCUCUUUCAUUCAGCAGUGCAGCGGGCUUUAACUUCAGUGGUGCGUUCAGGUGCAGGUGGGAAAUUGGAAGUUAGGUGUCCCAUUCAUUGCUGGAGGUUGUCGUGUUACUCCGCAGCUACUGUGAGUGCUCGGAUUACCUCUCGUUGUUUACCAGAAACACUUGUUUAGUUGUUCUUUGAUGAAAACUUUUACCAGUUUUAAGAUGUUUUAUAGUUCAGGUUCUCGUUCGGCAGCUCGUGUUUGAAUUAGAGAACGUCGGAAAAUAUUAUAUUCCUCAAAAACAAAGUACAGUUUUUGUGUCCGUACGGGAAAAUACGCAGCUCUAUUCGUUCUCCUCUUUCCCAGAAUUUUUACUGCAAAGCAGGCAGCAGUGCGAGGAGGUCAGAGGUCAGCAGCAGAUUGGAGAAACAUUACAGACUGACUCUGAAAACUCGAUUUCUUUCGGUUUUAAUGAGAGAAAGUGAGAUGAUUUAAAUAAAGAAGAUGAUAAAGCUGCUCUUUGUUUACGUUUAAAUGAUAUUUUACACAUCUUAUAGUGUUUAAAGCUCUUAAUAAACAUCUUUUAUUGUACACUAUCUUACUAGCUUUGGUCUGUUUUAUUGUAUUUUUGUUUGUUUCUCACUAUAAUUAACUAACUUUAACUCGUAACUUGCUGCAUAAGAAAAAGAAAGAGCCUAUUUUUAUGUUAUUUUGUAGGAUUAGCUCUGGCAGCAGAGAGUUGAGCUUUUCUUUCUGAAGGAGUGAAGGUCGACAGGUUGUUAAAGUCUGCAGCUGAUGAGAGAAAACAGGAAGUAAACAGAGGAAGAGGAAGUUAACAGGAAGGAAGAGGUCGUGUUGUGUUUUGUCGCGUUUUUUUUUUUUUUGUUUAUUUAAAUUUCCGGGCAUGCAGAGAGCGACAAUGGCGUGCACCAAAUGUUUCUGUCCACCAGGAGAUAACAGCUCCUCUGCUGGACAGAGGAGCUUUCUGGGUUUCACCUCCUUCUCCAUCAGAGAUCUGCUCCGGUCCAAGGAGCCUCACGUCUCCCUGAGCCUCAGGACGAUGGACGGAGUGAACGAGGUCGGGGAGGUGAAGGUGUCCCGUCUGCAGAUGGAGGGAGAGAGCGAGACGCCUCCUGGACACAAGUGUCCCGCGCUGUGCGACAGUCUUCACACUUCGGUCCACGACAAAGAAAACAGUCCGAUGAUGAGAGCAGUGCUGUGUGCUCAGGUGUGUAAGGUGUACAGGUUUCAGACGGAGGAUCAAAGAUGGCUGCUGGUCCGGGAACAGAUGUCGGAGACGCCGCUCUCCUUCUCUUUACCCAAACAGCUACUGAGCGCGCUCAUACGCGAGCACACGAACAGGGUCCAGCAGGUGAAGGAGCUCGGCGACCUUUCACCCCACUGGGACGGGCUCCGCCACGACGUCGUCAACCACUGCAGCAACCUGAUUGGCUGCUACCAGGACACGCUCGCCGAGCUCGACAAACUCUCAGCUUCGUCCUGUUUCAAGUCGAGCUCCAGUAAGUCGGACAAACAUCUUCAGUUCGUCCCGACUAACCUUCACUCACAGAGGAUGGAGGUCACUGAUCCAGACGGGAGAGGUGUGUGGUAUGAGGUGAUAACGUUCGGCGCUCCGGCUGAUCACCACCAGUCCUUCAAACACGGAGGAUUGAGGCGGCUGCUGAGCAAACGCACCAACCACAGAGACAGCUCCAUCUCUUACUCCCAGGACGAGAGCUCCAGAGCGAGGGAGCUGCUGGCCAGCGUCGCCCGGCUGCAGCCUCUGGUCUUCGGGCACGCUGAGGAGCUGCUGUCCGUCUCUCUGGAGCUGAACGCCGCCCGGCUGCAGCAGGUUCUGGACGGCCUGGUUCAGCAGACGGAGCAGUUUGUUCACGCACUCAAAGACGAGCUGGUGAAGAGCGCCCUGCUGGCGAUCCACUACCAGAGCUCAGCCGGCAGCAGCCACGUCCACAGCAACGGGCUGAUCUGUGACAUCGUGGCAGACAGCCAGGAGGGACCGGACGCUCGCCGCCGAGACUCGGAGUACGACGAGGAGGAAUGGGACAGAGCGUGGGCGAACGUCGCCAUGAGCCUCAACUGCAUCAUCGCCAUGGGCGACCGGCUGCAGGGCCGCGAGGACCGCCCACAGGAGCUGACGUCAUCAGAGCAGCAGGAAGCCGCCGGGGACACGAACUCUCAGAGCAGCGCGUCGUCCUCCGUCUCCUCUGCGUCCUCCUGGCAGGAGCAGCUGCUCCCCCUGGUGGUCACUCUCAGGGAUUGCGUGCGCGAGGCGGUGGGGAAGGCCCGAGCCGCCAUGACCUUCGUGGUGCUGCAGGGGGCGGUGGCCACGACCGUCGCUCAGGGACCCGCACACGUCGUCCAGAGACGCCACGCCGUCUUCAGCCAGGCGCUGUCGGCGGUUGUGUGUGGAUUCAUGCUGAAGCUGUUCGGAGGUCUGGAGGAUCCUGAGUUCCUGCAGCAGCUUCACUCUGUCGGAGUCCUGGUUCAGUUCGAAGGGCUGCUGAGCACCUACGGUGACGAGGUGGGGAUGCUGGAGGACAUGGAGGUGGGUUUAGAAGAUCUGAGCCGUGUUGCGUUCACUGUCACCGAGGCUAAAACGGAACAACCGGACGACCUGCUGCCGACGCUCAGUGGUGCAUGGGGCAGUUUGGUUGUCGAGGUCCCGUUGCCCCCGGAGACCUUCGGGCCGUUGCCGCGGGAACUAAAAGAGGGGCGUUUGAUACGAGUUCAUCCGGUUCUGUUCAACAUCGGGAUCAACCAACAGCAGAGUCUGGCUGAGAGGUUUGGUGACAGCUCCCUGCAGGAGAGAGCGAACCAGAGGAGCUGUGAGCGUCUCAGAGUUUACUGUAACACUGUGAGAGACACACUGCCUGAGCUGGCUGGUAUCCAGUCUCUGUCGGACCUGUUGUCCUCUCUGGAUCGCAGUGUAGAAACCAAGAAGAGGAAGAACGUGGAGGUCCUGUGGAUCGCUGCGUCGGUGUGUCGUAAGGUGAACGGCGUGCGUCUGACGAGCUGUAAGAGCGCCAAGGACCGCACGGCGAUGUCAGUGACGCUGGAGCAGUGUGUGUUACUGAGGGAGCGACACACACUCAGCCAGCAGCACUUCAGCACCGCCCUCGACUGCAUGAGGAGGUCUCGUCUGUCCUGGGGGCAGAUGCUCGGCUGUUACACCCAGCCGGGGCUCACUGUCUGUGGGUUAGACCCCGGGGAGCCUCCCUCGGGUCUCCAGGGCUCCUGGCUGCCGCACUGUUUGGCCCCUAAAGCUCCCCGACGCCACCUGUACCCGGUGGCCUUCCUCCUGGUGACCUCCCACCUGCUGGUCCUGUGGCUCAUCCUCAGCCUCGUCAUACUGCUCGCCAAAUACCAGUAACACCAGCACAGACUGGGAGCACUGGGCACGGAGAAACCGAUGUCUCAGAAGAACCUCGGAGAUCUUAAACCUUCAGUCUCAUUACAACAAUAACAAAAGAUAAAAGUUUGAUGACGUCGCGAAGCAGCGCGGGAUCAUGGGAGUUGUUGUUUUUAUUGUUAAACAAUUAUAGAUGUUAAAAAUCUAUCUGACGUUAAUUAGGAUGAAAUUAUGUUCACAGACGAGCUUCUAGAGGAGAGUAAGAAAUGUACAUUUACCAGAAUAAGAUGACAGAUUGAACGUUGUAGGAAACAUUUGGGAUAAUGUAAGAACACAAUAUAGAACAUAAGUGUAGAGUUUAAACACAGUUUAAUGAGGAAAUCUUACAUAUUAAAGCUUUAAGUGGACAUAAAUCAGCUGUUUCAGACUCAGAUUUCAUCAAUAAUUUAAUAAAAAAGCCUCAAAUGAAGAUUUAAAGUUGCUUAUUCGGCUGCGUUGGAGUUAAAAAGAAGAAUUUGACCCAAUUCUGUUUCUGGGAAAUGUUUAUUUAUUCAUUAUUUUAAUGUUUUUAUUGAAUUUAUUGUGUUUGUGUGUUUUUUUUCUUCUGUUUCUCGAACCAAUCAGAAUGUUUUAAUUGUUGUGAAGGAGCUGUUUGUGUUAUCAGACAUCUGUACCUCACUGUGUGUGUGUGUGUGUGUGUGUGUGUGUGUGUGUGUGUGUGUGUGUGUGUGUGUGUGUGCGUGUGUGCGUGUGUGUGUGUGUGUAGAGACGGCUGCAGGAUGGAGAACGUGCAGAAGAACGUCGGCAGCAGGAAGUUCGCCUUCAGCGGCGUUCAGCUCCUCACUUUCCCCAAACUGUACCGACCUCCCGACGGCAGCUUCGGUUGAUACGUUUUAUUUUGUAGUUUUUU